CAGUUAUCAAUGCGAGAUAUUUGCUGUUAUCGAAGUCGAUAAAAGGCGCUGCACGGUAAUAUUUUGAAAUUAAAUCAACGCGAACUUACAACCUGACAAAUAACAAAAAUAUAAUAUGAAGCUGCUGCUGAUGUUGCAACUGUGCUGGCUGGCUGCCGUCGAUUGUCAACUGCAAUGCAAUGCGAGAACGAGCAUAAGGCAAAAGCGCAUUGUGCUUCGCAGUCCAGCGGCGAGGGAACUAAGCACGUUAGAUAGCUGCCAAUACGAGGUGGCCGCAUGGAGUUCACAGGUCUGUCAAGUGCGCAUCGAUAUUGAGCGUCUGGAGUUGCCACAGCCGCGCCUUAAUGCGAGCAGCCAAGUGCUCGAGUGUGCCGAUUUUCUGCAAGUGCAGCGCUUUCAGCUCUGUGGCCGCAACAACGGACAGCAUUUGUACGUGCAACUGCCACGGGGUCAGGCACUUAAAUUGCACUUCAGCAUCGCCAGCCAUUCACCAUCGACAACGUGGCAGUUGACGCUAACUCAACUCGAGUGUCCGGCCAACACGUUGGCCAUGGCCAAGCAGCAAUCGACGAACGUGCCCACAGUUCGCACAAUGCUGCCUUUCUUCAGUAAUCUGUUGCCACGCACCAUUUUUGGUGGCAAUUCGGGUAAUGGCCCCGCAGCCCAACUCAUUCAGACGCUGACGGCUCCAUCAGCAGCCGAUUUGGAGUUGCUAGCACCGCUUGGCUGUGAUCAAUAUUAUCGUAGCACAACGGGCGGCAUUGCUAGCUUUAAUUUUGCAGGCGGCAUUUACAUGCCCAACAUGCGCUAUGCCAUCUGUGUGGCGGGUGCCGCAAAUACGGAAAUCAGCCUCAGCUUGGAUCACUUUGCUUUAUCAAAAUCGACGGGAGAUGCACUUGGUCCUGGCUACGAUGAGGAUUGCCAUAGCACGGUGAGAACCUUGGGACGUGCUGCCGACUAUCUAAUGAUAGCCAACUCAUAUGUGGCCAAUAAUCAGGCACUGCAGCCCACGUAUUAUUGUGGCAAUCAACCGGCGGGCAGCAGACUCAUCGCUCGGCCUCCGUUUGUUAUUCACUUCUCGAGCGAUGCACAGACAAAUGCAUCGGAGACGGGCUUUCAGCUCACCUACACAGUGCGUCAAUCAGAAGCGCAGCUGUAAUAACAACAUCGAAAACAGAUAUUGCCAUAAUUAAAUCUUGCGCCUACAAUAGACGGUUCCAUAACAAGCUGCCUAAUUAAACAGCCCUAGCAUACUGUGUUGUCCCAGGGCA